CAAUCAGCUGUAAGUGGGGAGGAAAAGUCGAAUGCUCGGCUCGAGUGUUAUGUAGUUCAUGUCCUCAAGCGUUUCGUUGCAGUUGUAGCUAUGGCGUGUUUAAGCCCGAGUAGGCUCUGUGCUCGUGUUCAAGAUAAGUUACUGUGUCAAUUCGGACAUAAAGUUCGCAGACAAACUGUAUUUGUGAAACUGAAACCUCCUGGACCAACUCCCUUGCGGAUAUUUGGAAGGACAUGUCAGCGCGUGACCACAUGCGGGCCGGCGUGCGGCUCGGCGGGCGGGAGCGCCCCCAGCGUGGCGGGCGUGGCGCGCCGCCUCGCCUCCAGCUUGCAAAGCACAUCCACGGGCUCCCUGCCCGACUACGGCACACAGAUAGUCGACCCCUACCGCCUGCUGGAGGACGACCUUAACGGCAUAUACGAGGACAUACGAUCGGAAUUGGAAAGGAACACGAACCAGAGCGAACUAAACACCAUAGCUACAUACUACUUCGACGGACAGGGCAAGGCGCUAAGGCCGAUGGUCGCGAUCCUAAUGGCGCGCGCCGUCAACUACCACGUAUACGGUGAAAACAGUGCACUGCUGGCAUCACAGCGACAGGUCGCGAUGAUAAGCGAGAUGAUCCACUCGGCGUCGCUGAUCCACGAUGACGUCAUCGACCAGAGCGACUUCCGGCGCGGCAAGCCCUCAGUCAACGUAUUAUGGAACCACAAGAAGGUCGCGAUGGCCGGCGACUUCAUCCUCGCUGUGGCGUCGAUGAUGAUAGCUCGCCUGCGCAGCGAUGACGUCACACUUGUGCUUAGCCAGGUGGUAACAGACCUCGUGCAGGGCGAGUUCAUGCAACUGGGCAGCAAGGAGACUGAGAAUGAGCGGUUCGCACAUUACCUCACCAAGACGUACAGGAAAACGGCGUCGCUCAUCGCCAACUCCGUCAAAGCGGUGGCCCUGCUAAGCGGCGCGGACGAGAGCACGUGCGAGUUGGCGUUCCAGUACGGGCGCAACAUCGGGCUGUCGUUCCAGCUGGUGGACGACAUGCUGGACUUCGUGUCGUCGGCGCAGGCCAUGGGCAAGCCCACGGCCGCCGACCUCAAGCUCGGGCUGGCCACUGCGCCUGUGCUCUUCGCUUGCGAAAAGUACCCGGAGCUGAACCCGAUGAUAAUGCGGCGCUUCGGCGAGCCGGGCGACGUGGAGAGGGCGUUCGAGCUGGUGCACCAGUCGCGCGGGCUCGAGCAGACGCGCUUCCUCGCGCGCAAGCACGGCCUCCAGGCCGCCCGGCUAGCUCAGGACCUCGCAGAGUCCGUCUACCAGAAGGGCCUAGUGCUCACCACCGACCUAGUGCUCAACCGGAUCAAAUAAC